UCAUCUGUUGGUUUAAAAACUGCUGUUGUUGAUGCUUUGUCCGAUCUUCUCCUCUCGUCACAGCUCCUGAAGAGCCUCACAAAAAGACAACAAUAAUCCCAGGUUAUCAGGAGGUAAAGUAAAAGAUUAACAUAACAGGUACACAUUGGUGAACAUCACAGCAUCUGCGCUUCACUAGACCUACUGGAUCAUCUGAGGGAUUCGACUGAAUCAAGAUGCUGCUGUUCGUUGAAGCUCUUCUUCUCAUUUCAGCUGCUCUAGCACAGGAUCACAGAACUGCUGAUGCUGAAGGACAGAUAUUUCCACUGGAUAUGGCAGAGAAUUCUGUUGAUGACUGUUAUGUUGGUUGCAAAAAGAACAUGUCAUGUCUGGUUGAGACAGAAUUGCUAGAAAGGGAACUCAAUAACUCAACUAAAUUCAGAAUGGUUUGGCAAGAUGCUGAAAAAAAUCAUGAGCCUCCUGCAGAUAACUUGACAGAGAAUCAUUCAAUCGCCAUUCACGUGUACACUAACUCACGUGUUGAUAUAUAUCAGGAUUUAAAUGAUGCUGUUUAUAGUGAUAAACAACAAUACAAAGACAGUACAUACACAUGGUAUUCACUUCAGUUUUUGCUGACAGAAGCGAUACAGAUUCUGAAGGAAUCACAAAAUGGAUGCAAGUCAACUUAUCGUGGAACAAAUGAUGAAUAUGAUAAGAAUGUUCUGAACAAACAGGUUCGGUUUGGCCUGUUUUCAUCCUCCUCUCUUGAAAUUAAACCAACAAAGCCUUAUGGAAAUGUAUCUUGUUUUGAGAUCUACACUUGUGAAGGUGCUGAUGUGUCAAAAUAUUCUACAUUUCCUGGGGAGAAAGAGGUGCUGAUUCCUCCGUACGAGAAGUUUAAUGUCAUUGAUGUCAAGACAAUAAUAGAUUAUAAAGAUCUCUGGUGUGAAACUGUGUUUGUGUUGGAAAGCACUGGAGUAAGAAGUGACCUGAACUGUGCUCUACUCAACAGACCAACCAAGUCUAUAAGAAAAAGUUGAAUAUUUUAGUAAGUAGAUGCUUUGGUAGAAAGCGAUUUACAUUGCAUUCAAGGUAUAGAGGCCAUGCAUUUUCCAAUGUCAAGGAAUUUAUGAGGCCCUAUAUGACCUUGGCACUGCUAUUCUGCCCUUCUGUUUGAGCUGUAAGUAAUACUUCAAAAUAUAUGUUGAAUGCUGAUUUAAAUGAUUACAUGAGUUGCGUUAGUUCCACACAAAUCAAUAAUUACCUACACAUGAUUUUUGCCUUCUUAAUCAGAAACAUGGUAUUGCUGUUUAAUCUUAAGUUGUGUGAAAAUGUGCCUUCAGAAGUAAAUUAGAGGCCAGUCAAUGUCUUUAUAUGUUUUCAGUGUCAUAAGAUGAUGUUGUAAAACAGUACAUUUUCAUUUCCUUAGCUUUGAUUUAAUGUCUACUAGAUUAUUCAAUAAACUUUACUUUUUGCCACGAA